GAUGGAACUCGAAUUGUCAAAAAAAAAACUAAGAAAACGAUCAUAAAAACACGUAGACAAAGUUUUAUAUUAUACUAUUACUAAUAAUUUUAAGUUAAUUUAUAAAAUGCCUCAAAGCGAUAGUGAUGAUUUUGAAAGUGCAGAUGAAGGGCAUGUAAGCUCUGCAAAGAAAGAUAGGAAGAAACGAAAUUCCUCUUCGAACUAUAGUGAUAACUUGGAAUUGGAUAGCCCUGCAUCACAAACAAAACCUUCGGACGCUUCCAAAAAUUUAGCAACAGAUGGUUGGGAUGAUUUUGAAGUAGAAGAGAGUGAUACAGUAGAAAUUAGUGAAGAGCCAAACGUUUCUAGAACUAAUAAUGAACUUAAACCCAAGCAAGAAAGUACCCAAGACACUGGUUGGGAUGAUUUUGAUGAUUGGGGACAAGGUGAUACCAUAAAUACUGAGCCAUUCCCCAACAAACCACAUAACAGUUCACCGAAACCUGACGUUCAAGCUGUCACCGAGCAGCUAGCAGCUGCAUCCACUAAGAGUGACAGCUGGGGUUGGGGCUGGGGGGUGGAUACCCUGCUCAGCACAGCUACUGCUGGUAUAAGUACAAUUACGAGUCAAGUGUCACAGGGCAUCUCCACAGUACUCGAAACAGGCAUAGGAGCUCCCGACCCAGAGGAACUUGCUCGUAAAACAGCUAAAAGUAGCAAUGAGGUGCCGGCGGCGGAACAGAGUCAACCGGGCGCAAAAUCUGAAGAUACCUCGUAUGAAAGUGCGUUUCCAUUUGGAAGCCUCUUGUCAGGUGUUACUAAGUUUGUGGAAACUACAGGAACAAAAGUAAUAUCAGGCGGUCUAGACACCCUGGAGACUAUAGGCAAAAAGACCAUGGAAGUACUUCAAGAUGGCGACCCUGGAUUGGUCAAAAAACGUGCUCUAUUGGGUCUGGAUACAGAUAAGCCAGUACUAUCUCAGAUAUUAAGGGAGGCGAAGGAAAAAGCGGAGGAGGAGGACAAAAUACAGGAGGCAAAGAGGGAAGCCAAGGAAGUGCAUUAUGAAUCUUUGUUUGACGAUUUUGAGGGUCUAGUGCACCUGGAAGCACUGGAAAUGCUGUCCCGUCAAGUGAACAUGCGGAUAGAAGAACGGUUGCGCAGCGCUGAGCCAGAAAAGAGACAGGAUAUUAAGGAAACGUUGCAGCAGAUUGCCGAGCUGUGCGAGAUGCCGGAAGACGAUGAAGACGACGAUGAUGAUGAAGACAUGUCAAAUGUCCAUGUCAUGCCAGACAUGUCCAAGGAGGACAUAUUCCACGAGAAACUCCAACGGGCCACUAGGGACAUUGGACUGAAGAUGCAGUUCCAGCCGCUUAUUAAACAUUACGCGGACACGCUGGCCGGGCUGGAGGCGGGCGGUGCGGGCGGUGCGGGUGGGGGCGGUGCGCAGGCGCGCGCGGCGUACAAGCGCGCGGUGGGCUGCCUGGCGGGCGGCACCGCGCUGGCCGUGCAGCUGUACCACAAGACGUGCGAGAUGCUGCUGGUGAAGCCGCGCCGCUCCACCGCCGACGAGGCGGACGCGCUCGCGCAGUGAGUACUGUGACGUCACAC